CAAAAUGCUAUCGACGUCAGUUCACAGAAAGCCGUUGCGAUGGAGGCGCUGGAGCAGUUCAAGAACGAGCGCAUCGAGUAUGUGCACGCCGUCGUCGAGCACGCGGAGAAGUGCACUCGGUGGUUGAGCGACUUCGAAACCUAUGUUGACAACGCGCGGCAGGAGCGCGUAGAGCAGUACUACACUCGGAUUGUAUGGCGUUUCCGGGAGCUAGGAUAUGAGGAUCAAGACAUUCAUGUCAUGCGAUCUAGGCCAGAGUCUAUGCGUGAUCGCGAUGUGACUGAACGAGUCUGGAAGCGCACCAGGCCUGUGCUCCAACCAUACAUCGAUAUCGCACGGUGCAAGCGACUCGACAAGAGCGAAGCAACAAUCAUCGAGUCUCGGAAGGCCCUGGUCAAUCGCGUGUAUGACAAGUACAAACGAACUCUUCGGCCAAUGGAAUCCGUUUAUGGGCCACCCUACGAGCUCAUUCACGCCAUCCCAGCGUUCCGCUCGCUGAUCUAUACAAGUCUUGAUGUCCCGCUCCAGGAGGCGGCGUGCGAUGAGACUGCGCAGCGGCUGCCUGAGUACAUCGCUGCCUUCAAGGACAGGCUCAAGCGCCGCCUAACACGAUGCAUGCUUGGCGCGGGCGCAUCCACAACGCCGAGGCCCACAGACUCAGAGGGUCGUUUGGGGUUAGCCAUCUCGGUAUUCGUCUUGAAAACGAUGAACAAGUGGCACAACCACGUGUGCUUCGGCCUGAAAGACGUCGCCGUGCAUCUGGCUACCUAUCCGCAUGUAAGCCCGUACCCAUAUGACACGGCGUUCUGGGUUGCGAUGUCCGAAUCCGAGGGAAUGGAGUCUGGCGACACCAUCCUGUAUCAUUCCAGGCCCGGGUCCACAGUGGUCGAGUGCUUGUUAUCGAAAGUCGGCCUUGACCCCAACAUCGCGCGGCCGGAAGACUUGGAUCGACUUGACAGGCGCUUCCUCUGUGAACGCUGUUCAUACUCAAAUUGGUCCCCGCGGAUGCCUCUGGAUUUAGCAUACACCUGGCGAAACGCUGCCACGCAUGGUAUACGGAUACACACACAAGGCAAUGAGAGACCAGCUUGGAGAGUAUUGGACGGGGAAGAGCACAUUGUUGUACGCCGUGCAGAACAAUUCAAUGGUCAAAACCGGGAUCAGUUAUGGAGUUGCAACCAUUGUCCCGUUCACAGAGGCUAUCCGAGGUCUCGCCAAGCUAUCCUGAGGCAUGCGCGAUCGGACCACCACAUUGCUGAGCCCCAAGAAGACAUCGACUUCUUCGAUACAUAUCCGGAAGCCCGUUACGGCGGCUCAACCGUAUCGUUGUCGCAAUCUUUCGCAGACGCUGCCAAUGCCAUGCCCGUCUGUAUACUACCUGCCCUUGCUGGUUGAGAGCACAGGUCAUGGGUCUGGUCUUCGCAUACUGUACUAUCCCACGGCGUCCUUCCCUCGCGUUGCAAUUCAACUUACCAAGUCUGAACGGG